GCACUCUGCGCGGCACCUCCCACUAAUGUUGCCGCAGGUGACGCAGUUGGUAGAGAAGCGCUCCUGGUGUGACAGUUGCUAGUGUAAGUGGGAGAGACCCGGGAAAUAGUCGCCUCUUCAACGGACAGAGCGGCCUCGUUAAAAUGGCUGGUGAUGCUUCUGUGGGGAUGUUUCCAAAAGUCAUGGAGACUCAGUUACUCCAGACGGCCAAGAUAAUGGAGGAGCAGCUGGAUGCCGAGCUGGAGAAGCUGGAUAAGAUUGAUGAAGAUGAGAUGGAACUCCUGAAGGAAAGAAGGCUGCAAGCCCUGAAAAAAGCACAGCAACAAAAACAAGAAUGGUUGUCAAAGGGUCAUGGUGAAUAUCGAGAAAUCCCCAGCGAGAGAGACUUUUUCCAGGAAGUGAAAGAAAGCAAAAAAGUUGUCUGCCAUUUCUACAGAGAUUCGACCUUGAGAAGUAAAAUAUUGGACAAACACCUGGCAAUUUUGGCUAAGAAGCACCUUGAGACCAAGUUCCUGAAACUGAAUGUUGAGAAAGCACCUUUCUUGUGUGAAAGACUACGCAUAAAAGUCAUUCCCACUCUGGCUUUGGUGAAAGAUGGCAAAACAAAAGAUUAUGUUGUUGGUUUUACUGACCUGGGUAACACAGAUGAAUUCUCCACCGAGACUUUGGAGUGGAGACUCGGCUGUUCUGAAAUUAUUAAUUACACUGGAAAUCUGUUGGAGCCACCCUUUGAGACCCAAAAGAAGCAAGGAUCACAUUUCAAAAAAGUGGACAAGAAGACUAUAAGGGGAAAGACUUACGAUUCAGAUUCUGAUGAUUAGGCGUUUUGCUCAUAGUGAAAUAUUUGUUUGCUUGAUAACACUA